AUGGACGCGGGCCAAGGGUCGGACUCGGCCUACUACUGGACGCCGAUGAACAACAUUGGCGGCUUCCUGACGUCUGAGGACCUGCUCGACAUGGACUCGUGCCUGAACCUCGACGGGAACAUGUCGACGACAGACUCCAUGUCCACCGACGGCGUGGAGCACUGUAACAUGUUCACGCUCGACGCCAGCGACGGGCUCAACAUCAAGCAGGAACACUCUCCUUCCUUGUCCUUCCUGCCGGGUGAGCAGGGGAUAGAUGCUAUUGCUUACGCGUCUGCGGCAGACGAGCAGCGGCAAAACCAACCGUGCAAACAAAACCUCCACGACGAGCUCGAACAGCAGCUGAGGAGCCUGUCGCCCAGCAACUGCUUCGACGUCAGCAACACGGGCUCAAACUCGGACACGGAGAUCCUCAGAUUCGAGCACCUCUCGGUUCACUCGCCGCGGAAGCCCGCCGCCGUCCCCGCCUCGGCGCCCGUUUCCAGGAGGGGGUCGCCCAAGAAGGUGACGGACCGGCUGGCUGGCGUGUGCUCGGGCAUAUACAAGAAGGCAUCGGCCACGCUGGGGAGGGCCGGGACGCAUCAACAGCACCAGCACCACCACUCCCGCUCGAUCAGCAACGGCCUGCGGCAGAGGCUGGAAAGGGAGGAGGAGCCUGAGGAGGGAAUGACGGUGGCGCCGCUCAAUAUACAUCGCGUGAUGCCUACGUAUGAGGGCCUGCCCAUCACGCCACCGCUGAGCGGGCGGGCUUUAACACAGCAGCAGCAACCAUUUGUCUCGGGUCCCGUUGAAGACCCCUUCAACUCCAAGCCCAACCCGGGCGGUCGACAAAUGCCGACAGUCCUGCCCAAAACCCCCAGCGGCACUCCGCUGCUCACUUCCCAAGACAUGUCGGCGGCGCAGCAGGUGUAUGCAACAGCAAACUACGCCGCAAUGCCAGUGACGAGCGCCGCCUCCAUCGACCCGGAGCUGUGGGCCGCCGCUCAGUUCAAGCUGCUCCCUCAGUUCUGGGAUGGGACGGCGCCGGCGGGUCUUCCUCACGUCGAGUCGGCCGUGCCCUCACCCUUGGCAAUAGACAGUAUGGAUGCAAGGGAAGACCUGGGUUACGCUUUUGCUGCAUCCGCUGCUGCUGCUGCUGCUGGUGGCGGCGCCGCCAACAAUACAGCACCCACCGCGGCCAUGAUGAUGACGAGGAAACAAUCAAGCCGUAACCUCACCGCGGCUCAGGCCAACCAGCAUGGUACCAUCUCCAUGUCCCAGCUGGACCUCACCAACGACGGACUGAUGAUACACAUGCCGCAGCCGAGGGGCCCUCCACACGCUGCGACGCUUCUCGCACUGCAACAACAACAACAACAACAACAACAACAUCAGCAGCAGCAGCAGCUCCUGAACCAGUAUCACAACGUCCAUCAACAGCAGCAACAGCACCAUCAUCAUCUCCUACCGGGCGCCAAUUUCUCAACACAGCCUCAAACCGUCCCUAUGCUCUCACCGGACGUCUCCCACAGGCCAGAUCACGGCAUCCACCAGCAGCAACAAGCGCACAACAACAGCCACCACCACCCCCACCACCGACGGCCCAAACCCAAAGCCCCAAGCUCAGGGGCCCGCCACACCGGUCCCGGCGGCUCGCUCGCCAGCCCACGCAAGACCUCAUCCGGCGCCAGCCCUCGCAAGGUACCGUCGCACGCGAGCCCACGCAAGGCAUCGGGCGGCAGCGGCUCGGCGCGGUCCACGACGUCACCGUCCCCGAAGCCGCGGCAGUCGCAGCAGCAGCUGCUGCAGGGGUCGCGGCGGAGCACGUCGAUGCAGUCUCUGCGGGACGGCGGCGAGACCUUGUCGUCGUCGUCAUCGGCCACGGCAGCGAUCCGCAAGCGGCGCUCGUGGGCAUCGCGGCCGGACCUGGACCUCUACACCCUGGAGAGCCAGCAGCAGCACCAUCAGCAGAGGCGGCAGACGUCGUCGGACAGAUCGGCGGCGGCGGCGGGCAGCCUCAGCAUCGGCUUCGUCAACUACACGGCCAUGGACCACGACGUCCUCAUGGCCGGAGUGGCGCCCAGCGGGUCGUCCAAGACCAAGGCGCGGCGGGAGAGGGAGAACCGCGAGCGCGAGGACAGGAUGAAGGAGGCGUUUGUGCAGGCCGUCUCGGCCGCCGGUGGGGAUGCCGGCCGAUUUAUGAGCGGGGCCAUUGCUAUAUAG